CUAAAGAGAAGGAAUGUCUCUCACUCUCUCAUGCUCUCCCCUCUCCCAAGCACAUCUGAGCUGCUGCCUGGACUUCACGCUCAGUCCCAAACCCAUGAAAAAUUGCCAAGUAUAAAAGCUUCUCAAGAAUCAGAUGGAUUCUGGGGUGUCUCCACCUGAGAAGCAGGAAAAAGAGAAAUUCGUGGGUGUCAACAAUAAACGGCUUGGCGUCUGUGGCUGGAUCCUGUUUUCCCUCUCUUUCCUGUUGGUGAUCAUUACCUUCCCCAUCUCUAUAUGGAUGUGCUUGAAGAUCAUUAAGGAGUAUGAACGCGCUGUUGUAUUCCGUCUGGGACGCAUCCAAGCUGACAAAUCCAACAGACCAGGUUUGAUCCUGCUUCUGCCAUGCAUAGAUGUGUUCGUCAGAGUUGACCUCCGAACAGUGACCUGCAACAUUCCCCCACAAGAGAUCCUCACCAGAGACUCCGUGACUAUUCAGGUGGAUGGAGUUGUCUAUUACAGAAUCUACAGUGCUGUCUCGGCAGUGGCCAAUGUCAAUGAUGUCCAUCAAGCCACAUUUCUGCUGGCUCAAACCACUCUGAGAAACGUCUUAGGGACACAGACCUUGUCCCAGAUCUUGGCUGGACGAGAAGAGAUUACCCAUAGCAUCCAGACUUUACUUGAUGAUGCCACUGAGCUGUGGGGCAUCCGGGUUGCCCGAGUGGAAAUCAAAGAUGUUCGGAUUCCCGUGCAGUUGCAGAGGUCCAUGGCUGCCGAGGCUGAGGCCACGCGGGAGGCCAGGGCCAAGGUCCUUGCAGCUGAAGGAGAAAUGAACGCUUCCAAAUACCUGAAGUCAGCCUCCAUGGUGCUGGCCGAGUCUCCCAUCGCUCUCCAGCUGCGUUACCUGCAGACCUUGAGCACCGUAGCCACCGAGAAGAAUUCUACGAUUGUGUUUCCUCUGCCCAUGAAUAUACUAGAUGGCAUUGGUGGUGCCAGCUAUGAUAACCACAAGACGCUUCCAAAUAAAGCCUGAGGUCCUCUUGUGGUAGCCAGUUACUGCAUAGAAAGUGGUAUCUAUUCCUAUGGAGAAGCCAGCAGUUAGAACCGGUGAGAAUUCCAACACUAUUCAUGUCACAGUAACUCCACAGAUGGAGGAGCAUUGGCAGGAAAAAGCUCUAGAGACAAUACAGAGAAAAAGUAAAGCAAAAACGAGAGCUGUAUAUUACUUUUACUUUUAGGACCAUAAUCAACGUUGUCAUAUUCUUAUGUAAUUAAUUAGUGAUGGUCUCUGACUUUAUAGUAGGAACUUUCUGGUAGUAUGAGAAGAAAUCAUUGGGUGACUGUGACUGAUGUUUCAGAAUUACUUUUUUUUAUUUUUGAGACGGAGUUUCGCUCUUGUUACCCAGGCUGGAGUGCAAUGGUGCGAUCUCGGCUCACCACAACCUCUGCCUCCUGGGUUCAGGCAAUUCUCCUGCCUCAGCCUCCUGAGUAGCUGGGAUUACAGGCGCGCGCCACCAUGCCCAGCUAAUUUUUGUAUUUUUAGUAGAGACGGGGUUUCACCAUGUUGACCAGGAUGGUCUGUAUCUCUUGACCUCGUGAUCCACCCGCCUUGGCCUCCCAAAGUGCUGGGAUUAUAGGCGUGAGCCACCGCGCCCGGCCCCAGAAUUACUUUUUAAUUGUUUUUAAGAAGCACUCCCGAUCAUUUAUAAAGUAACAUAGGCCUCAUAUUUACACUAUGUAUUUGCUUUAUAAUUCCAAAGUCGUUACUGGCUAAAUCUCCAGUGAUUGCAAUCAAACCCCACAAUGCUGAAAACAGAGAUUGAUUUUGAUGUUAAGAACAAAAGAAGUACGGAAACCACCAGGCUCAAACACGUCCCCAGUGCCACAAGGCAAACCACACUCAGCGCACAGUCCAGGUCUUUUGCUGCAUGUCCUGCCGGCACCAUGGUCAGAGAGUGGGACCCGACACACGAAAGUGACCAGCUCCUGUCAGCUUACUUGCUUACAAGGGAGACUGCUUGGAGGUUGCGGUAGUUGGAACCACUGAGGAGCAUCACCCUGGGGAUUUCAUGUUUUCAGCCUGUUCUUAGUCCCGGGAGCCCCAGGUAAUCGAGAAUUGUUUGUGGACUCUAUCCUCAUCCUCUCCCCACCUACCAAACAACCUCUUAAAAAUAAAGAAGGCAUAGAAUAUAAAUGAA